AUGCAGAAAAAUAAGAGGGCGAGUGGUCACGCAAGUAGCUUGAGAAAGGUGCAAAGCACCAUCAAAAAGAAGGAAAAAAUUGGAAGUAGUCGCAAAAGAGGCAUUACUACUCGGAAAGGACACCUGAGAGAGAAUAUAUUUGGCUACUCAUCGCCUGAUCGGGAUAUUUCUAGCACCAAGUUCGAAGAGCGACAAUUUGGCAAUGUAUAUGAACCUGGUCAAGCUGACUGGUGUGAACUAAGUAAAAGACUAGCUUCACAUUUGUCUGUGGAAGUUGUCUCACUUGCUUUGUUCGAUGGAGAUAAGAUGUUAUAUGCAUGCACGGGUAUAGUUCUACCACGUGGGACAUCAAGACUGGACCUAACAAGAUUCCUGACUUCAUCACAGUUGGUUGCAGUCUUUAAUUUUAAAAGAAACAAGGAUGAUAAAUUGAGGGUUUUGGUGCGCCUUCCUGACAAAAAAACUAUACCUGGGAUCUUAGGACUAUAUGAUAAAUAUAUUGCUAUUGUUACAUCCGAAUACUUCCAAGAUGUUAUGCCAUUAGACAUGUAUCAGCAAACAUAUCUGCCUAAUCCUUCGACGAUGGUAGCUGCUGGGCGUGCCUACAAUUCAAGCAGUUUGAUGGGCACGAUUGGGGAGCUGACUGAUAUAGGAGCUGAUUAUGAAGAUCUUGUGGCCUCUAACUGUCAGAUCACAGAGGCUGGACUUGGAGGGCCACUCAUUGAUCUUGCUGGCAAUUUUGUUGGGAUCAACAUUUGUUUUCAUGGUGAUACGCAAAGGCCUUUGUUUCUACCAAGGAUAUUGCUUCGUCAACGCUUGGAGCAAUAUGAGGUGCUCAUUCCUGGAAAAGGUUAUGGAGAGAAAAUGCCACCUUAUUGUGCAGGUUUGUUAAUGGGAAAAACCAGCAAUAGCAGGCAGGGAUCUUAUGAACCUCCUCCAGGUGCUUCCAGAAUAAUCCCUUCAGGAUUUAUGGAUACCUGGGAGUGGCUAGAAUCCAUGGGCUACCCUAAACCACCACCACUUAUGCUGGAAUUGAAUGGGCGCCUGGUUAGGACAUUUGAGGAAGUGUUUGGUUGGUUACAUGCUUGGAAAGGUUAUAAAAACUUCGAUAUGUUGCACGGUCAUGGAAAGAAUGCCUGGCAGAGGCUUGAUAAGAAGAUAGUUGCAACUAUAUCCAAUCGUGUUAUCUCACUUGUUUCGUUCAAUGGAGAGGGUACGAGUUUUUUUUCAUGCUCAGGCUUCCUUAUAAGGGGUCCGCCAAGAAAAGGGCGCACACGCAAUGUGAUUGUGACUUCGGCCAGUUUGGUUAGAACUUGUGAUGUUACAGACAAAUUUGAUGAGAAUAUGAGGAUUGAGGUGUUUCUCCCACCGAAUCAGCGCUUGAAUGGGACACUGGAAUCAUAUCAUUCCGGAUAUAAUAUUGCUAUUGUCACUGUUAAGGGUUUGCGUGAUAUUUGUCCAGAAGAUAUGAAAUUUGAUGAUCCCAUGAGUAACCAAGAGAAUCCUUUACCCAGAAGGGUGGUAGCUAUAGGGCGUGAGCCCAAAGGAGUGUUAUGUGCCUCAAUGGGUGAACCUAUACUUUGUGAUGAAGACCUGCACUGGCCUAGCACAUUUGGUUGCCAGCAACUUAAGCUGUCCAAUUGUAAAAUCUCGAAGGUUGGUAUUGGAGGCCCCCUGAUAAACUUCUUUAAUGGGCGUCUUGUUGGCAUGAACUUUUGUGAUGGAAGGCCUGAUAGAACUCCCUACCUGCCUUGUAAGCAAAUUCGUGAAGUCUUACAUAGCACAUGGCGCUUAACUACCGACCGCUCUGUGCUCAGAUUGGACAAACCAGAUGUGAACAACAAAUGCAGAUGGCCAGUGCCCAAGCCAUAUUGGUAUCACGGUCUUCUCGAGAUGAAUAGGUUUGGUCCGAUGCCCAUGAUAGGAUGGGUUCGCCAGUUGAAUGGCAUGUGA